AUGUUUCAUGUUCUAGGUUUUCACUCAACAGCUAGCUGCGCAGGGCUGUACAAAUCUGGUAAAACAACCAGCGGUGUUUAUACAAUCGACCCCGAUGGUUCUGGUGCCUUUGAUGUAUUCUGUGACCAAACAACAGCCGGUGGUGGGUGGGCAGGUUUUCAAAAGAGAAUGGAUGGAUCGGUAAGUUUCUACCGCGGCUGGACCGACUACAAGAACGGCUUUGGUAAUCUGAAUGGUGAGUUUUGGCUGGGACUGGACAAGAUUCACCGCCUUACAAAAAAAAAAAGAACAAGCUCCGAGUAGAUAUGAUGGACACCACAGGCAGCACUGUUUACGCUUAGUACAACAUGUUUGCAGUUAGCAGUGAGAGGAAUAAGUACACGCUUAGCCUUGGGAGUUACUCAGGUAGGAGAAAAAUGUUCGCCACCAUUUGUUAUUGAUAGAAGCUUAAGUACUUCGUCGUGGACUUUAACAAGUGAGACUAAACGUGUUCGAAAAAUAUUUUCUCUUUAAAUGUGGCUUAAAAUGUGGUAGGGUACAUAUAUCUUUUUUUUCAUAAAUAUCAUGUUUAUCUUGUGCCCGAUUUCUUCAGUAUCGCUCGCGGCUGCAGUGCACCCAAUAGAGACGAAUAAUAACGAAAUUUAGACGAAAAAAAGCACAAAUUACGCAGCACUGCAUCUCCAACUUACAAAUAAACUUCAAUUGCUUUAAAAAGGUCAUUUUAUUUGAAUUUACUCAUUGCACCCUUUGCCUUUUAGAUUAAGUUAGUUCAGAUUAACUUAAGUAUAUUAUUGAGAGAACAAAUAAAACGAGAGAUUAGCGACAUACGAUAACAAGCAAUACGACCUGUGCAAGUCAUAAGCUUGAAACUGAUAAGAAAAAUUCCAGAUCGUGGGCCUCAAUGUAAAGGUGAUUCCAUAGUAUUGCUCUGUGAAUCCUGGGGAUGCGCAUUUAAGUCAUGUAAUCAGGCGAAUAAGCGUGCGCGCAUUCAGAGAACACGGUGUUUAUUGUUUUUCAAUAAUUAAAUAGACCAUAUUUUUAUUGCAUAAUUUUGGUGGGCAAAUCAUCCCCUUCUUAUUGGAGAAAUAAGAAAAGAAAUUCAUUGAAGGGAAAUAAAUAUAGCUAAAACCGUCUACGAAGCCAGUGACCUGAGAAUUCAAAUCAUGACCUCGAGCAACGUUUCGAGUUGAUGUCGCUUAAAAUUACGUCAUUUUUACACAAAUUAUACAUCAAAUUUUUCCAUAUUUUCGAGACUUUAUACUUAUCAAGUUUUUUUUUUAACUGCUAUUUUAAAAGACCUUACUUCCAGCUUCUGCAAAGUGUAUCGUGAAUCGAUGAAAUGAUGCGCGCGAUUACUCUCAUUACAGGCAUAAACGGGAAAAGUUUGGCUCAUCAUAUCCCUUAAACAAGCAUGUUGAUCUAUCUAUUUAAUUUUAUUUUUCGAAACAAACAAUAUUAGGGAACAGUUGAGGCGAGUUUAAAAAAUAUAUGUUCACUUGAUAAUUUGAGGAAUCACCCUAAUUAAGUCCAGCGUGAUAUGUAUAGUAGGUUAAAAAGGGCGUGCCACGGCUACUGACCGUCACGGCUACAGAAAGUCGCAUUCUGUCAGAAACACGUCAGCGGCCAUUUAGUAUUAUAUUUGGGGCUGUAAAGCUGACCAAGUUGCUGCUACAGAGACUUGGCUGAGUUGUGAUGAUGAUAGAUUACGAUUUAAACUUUUUCCUUUCCACUAUAAUUUAUCUCUUUGACUACCGUUUUUCACUGAGUUUGGUGACUAAAGUAUCUAGAAAUUGUAAUUUAUGUAAAUAAUAACGGAUUUUCAUCAGUGACUUUAAUACAUAUGUGAAUGAACCGAACAAUAGUGAGUCAAGUUAAUUUCUGUAUCUGCUGGAAUAUUUCUGUUUACAACGGUGAGCCCCACAGAUAUUCAUGGUCACACCCGGACCGAAAGAGCAUAAUUAAAAGUGUUCUUUUACCUGGACGUAAUCAUCUCCCGCUAGUGUAACCAGAUUGUAAGAUCUACAUAUCGAGUAGACUGCUAUUUUUCCGAUCAUGAACCGGUGCUAUGUCAUUUUCACUCAAUCAAACCUCGUUUUCACUCUAUCAAAACCUCAUUUCCUCAUCUAACUCUUCUCGAGCUUUUAACAUCGUGAUGCGCAAUUAAUUAAAUAUUUCAUAUUGAUAAUUACACAAUAUAAGUCAAUAAGUAUUAUAUUAUAUCAUGUAUUAUAUUAUCAAUGAUUUGUAAUGUAUCAUUAUUAGUAGUAUAAUGAUGUUAUUAGUAGUGUCGUUAUUAUUUUCAUUAUUACUAUCAUUAUCAUUAUUACUAGUAUGAUUCUUAUCAUUAUAGUUAUCAUACAUCAUUAUCACAAGGCAACAACUGUUUCGGUUGCCUUCACUCAACUAGCCUGGCCAAUGAACGAAUUUAGGAUUCCGGCCCGCUUUGAAAGUAAGAAAGGGAGUUAAUAUUGAUUAUGCUAAAUUCGCUUUUUCUUGUGCAAUUCAGACACCAUCGAACCUUUCUAAUGCUUUUUGGGUGGCUUUUUCAGGAACUGCCGGCGAUUCUCUUUCUUCUCAUCGUGGCCGUCCCUUUUCAACCAAAGAUCAGGACAACGACGACUUGUCUAGUAACUGUGCUGUGAUCUUCAAAGGAGCCUGGUGGUACCAGAGCUGCCAUAAUUCUAAUCUUAAUGGACUUUAUCAUCAUGGGAAGCACUCAUCUUAUGCCGAAGGAGUCAAUUGGAAUCACUGGAAGGGAUAUUACUACUCCGUCAAGAGAGCUGAGAUGAAAAUUAGACCAGUUUCAUUUUAA